AUGAAUCUGCCAGCUAACUCUAACUCUGGUUAUUCCGAAGUGCUAACUUGCGAAUCAACUGACCGUAUCGGAAUCCAGACCUACUUUCACAUCCUGCAUUCGACGACCGAACUCAGCAAGAUGAAAACAACAACCAUUUGGUGUUUCGCCAUUGCUAUCUCAGUGUUACCUGUAACCGUAUCCUCGAAAAGUAACUCCGGUGAGGAAUCGCCAAAUGAAAGAAAAAGAUUUCUCUGGGGCGGACCUACCGUUCCCCCUUUUUUCGUUGGAGACAAACGUCCAGUUGGCCUUCCUGACAUUAAUCGAGGGACAGAAAUUCAGCAAGGAACGCCCCCGUAUUUUGUUUCUCUCUUUGAUCCUACCACAAACACUCCUUUUUACUCAGCCUACAAAGUUUUACCCGAGCAGGCAGCGAAACUUGGCACGCAUAGGAGACUUAGACAACGUUGGAGUGAUCCUCCAGGUGUUCCUGGUCUCGAUGAUGCUUAUAAACAAGCCAACCGAGAAGCCAUACGCAGUUUCAGGAAUGAACUUACCAGAGGCCAUAUGAAUCCCUCAGGUAUCAACUCCUUUGACAUAAAUUUCAUGAGGGCUACUUUCACUCUUACGAAUGCUGUACCUCAGUUUGACACAUCAAACAACGGACUUUGGCAGGAGUUUGAGAAAAAGAUAAACGAUUAUGCCAAAAUUACCUGUGGGAGCCAAACCCGCCAAGGAACCCUUUACUUACUGACAGGCAGAUCUGAAAAUGGCCUUAAUGCUGUACCGAAGCCGCAAGUUACGAACACAUUUACAGUGGGACGAAGAAGAGUGAGACUUGAAACUCCUGCGGCUGUUUGGACGGCGGGAUGCUGUGUGUGGAAAGAGCCCGGAAGGAUCUUUGGAAACUUAUGGAAAACUGAAAAGGCCGAGUCCUUUGCAGUGAUGAGCAACAAUCAUUAUGACAAAAAGCAGCUACACCAGACACAAAUGAGCGUAAAUGAGCUGGAGGCGCACUUGAAGGCACCAGCAUCGACAACGAACGUGGAUUUGUUUCCAGGAAAUACAAAUUGUGCUCGAAACAACAAAAGACUAUAA